GUCCCUGUAAAGAUGUCUGAGCAGGCGGGGAGGGAGCGGAGCGGAGGACCCGAAACAAACGGACAGAACCCACGACUCUCUGCAACUUAACCGGUCAAGGCACGUUGAUGUCAUUCUAACGAACAGGUGAGAUGUCCAACGACAGCCAGGGAUCGGUGAAGGGGGAGGCCACGGUGCCUUCUCCCUCUGUGCCCGCCGCCGCCUCUCAGGGACCGCCCCUUUCUCCGUCCACCACCAAACCACCUGAACUCCCAGAUGAACUGGUCCAGGCUGGAUGGUCUAAGUGCUGGUCUCGGAGGGAGAAUCGACCGUAUUACUUCAACAGAUUCACCAAUCAGAGUCUGUGGGAGGUGCCAGUGCUGGGUCAGCAUGAUGUCAUCUCUGAUCCUUUAGGUCUGAACGCUGCUCCAGCAGAGGGCGGAGACGCUAACCUCGGUAACGGUCAGAGGAAGAGGAGGAUCUCUGAGGAGCAGGCGGCGGGGCCUAACAGCAUGAAACGAGCCAAGGUUGAGCCCACCACGCCCAUCUCUCCCAGCACGCCUGGGGCCAAACCCUGGAACAAUGCACCUGAAGACAAACAGGCUCCACAAGCAGCACCCACAACUCCCAGUCCGGCCCCCGCCCCCUACAGACCAGCCGUUAUCUACUGGGAUCUGGACAUCCAGACCAACGCUGUGAUCAGAGAGCACCCCCCAGCCAACCACCUGCCCCCCCACCCUGAGAUCGAACUGCAGAGAGCUCAGCUGGUCACCAAACUUAGGCAACACUACCACGAGCUGUGCCACCAGAGAGAAGGUAUCGAUCCUCCGCGAGAGUCUUUCAACCGUUGGCUUCUGGAGAGAAAAGUGGUCGACAAAGGUCAGGACCCCUUGUUGCCGAGUGACUGUGACCCCGUCAUCUCGCCGUCCAUGUUCAGAGAGGUCAUGAAUGACAUUCCCAUCAGGUUGUCACGCAUUAAGUACAAAGAGGAGGCUCGGAAACUUCUGUUCAAAUAUGCUGAGGCGGCCAAGAAGAUGAUCGACUCCAGAAAUGCGAGUCCAGAGAGCAGGAAGGUGGUGAAGUGGAACGCUGAAGACACCAUGAACUGGCUGCGUCGAGAUCACUCCGCCAGCAAAGAGGACUACAUGGACCGUCUGGAGCACCUGAGACAGCAGUGUGGUCCGCACGUCACCGCCGUCGCCAAAGACUCGGUAGAAGGAAUCUGCUCAAAGAUCUACCAGCUGUCUGCUGAGUACAGCCGCCGCAUGAGACAGACACACCUGGCACUGCUGCAAGACCCCCCCACAGAGGCGAGCGAGUCCCCCCAGCAGUCCCGGUUGGUCUACUGUUACCCGGUGCGUCUGGCGAUCCCCUCGCCCCCCCUGCCUCGAGUCGAGCUGCACUUUGAGAACGAUGUGGCCUGUCUACGCUUCAAAGGAGAGAUGGUCAAAGUCAACAGGGGGCACUUCAGCAAACUGGAGCUGCUGUAUCGUACAGCUGCAUAGACGAUCCUCGCUUGA